CGACUGAGUGACUGACUCGAUUCAUCCCUCCGACCGACCUGGAAAAAAAAAAGCGUCUCGCGCGCGCACACUGCGCCUGCGCGCGCAGAUCUAAAAAAAAAGCAAGCGACGGCGGCGGCGCGCCUGAGAAGGGAAGUGAGCGCGCCUGCGCGCGUGUGGCCCUUGCUGUGUCUGUAGAUGGAGGGGAUUGUUUUGUGAAGGGAGAGGAGAAGAGCCAGAGUCUGGGAGCAGCCUCGGCCCCAAGGCCCCCGGCGCGGAGAGGGAAGGAGGGAGGUGUGAGCCGCCCUUCCUCCUCUUCCUCGGCGUCGGGAAUGGUGAAGGAAGGGGGCCCUCCUCCCUCAAGGCUCUGAGGAAGGCAAGCCCGACGGGGCCGCGCCCCUGGAUUGACGACCCCCCACCGGCCCCGAAGGAGCUUUGGGGCGUGCUGAUUAGACCAGAACAGCCAUGUUUCGAAACAGUCUCAAGAUGCUUCUUACGGGUGGGAAAUCAAACCGCAAAAACAGAUCCAGUGAUGGAGGAAGCGAGGAACAAGCAGACAGAAGGCAAGCAAGCAUAGACUACUGUCAGAGCCGUUCUGGGCAAGGUGUCAGCUCCACGGAGAACGAUUGUGCAUUUGAACCAGACUAUGCUAUCCCAACUCUUCCAGUGCCCGAAGGUAUGCAGCACAUUCGGAUUAUGGAAGGCAUGUCCCGCUCUCUCCCAUCCUCCCCAUUACUAACACAUCAGUCUAUCAGUGUUCGGCUGCAGCCCAUGAAGAAAUUAACUGCUCCACUAAGGAAGGCAAAAUUUGUUGAGAGCCCUCGAAUCCCAGAGUCUGAGCUUGGCUCACCAACUCUCACUUCAGCACCAAAACUGGACCUUGAUGCCUACUGCCCUGGUGAAGCUGAACAGGAGCUGGGUCCCCCUCCAUCUGUAGAUGAGGCAGCAAAUACACUCAUGACUCGUCUGGGCUUCCUCCUGGGAGAGAAAGUUACUGAGGUGCAGGCAGGGCAUCAGUACAGCAUGGAAGUACAGGAGGACAAUCAGACCUCAGCAGCAUCCCAACGAAUAAGCCCAUGUUCUACACUGACCAGCAGUACUGCUUCACCACCUGCCAGUAGUCCUUGCUCCACCCUCCCUCAAACUAGUACCAAGGAUGUAAUAGCAAAGGAUGGCACUUAUGGAGCUGUCACAAGUCCCACUUCUACUCUUGAAAGCAGAGACAGCGGCAUCAUAGCAACACUGACAAGUUAUUCUGAAAAUAUGGAUCGUGCUAAGUAUGGAGGGGAAAGCAGUAAAGAAUUAGGAUCUGGAGGAAACCUGAAACCUUGGCAGUCUCAAAAAUCCAGUAUAGACUCUUGUUUAUAUCGAGUGGAUGAAAACAUGACAGCCUCUACAUACAGUCUGAAUAAGAUCCCUGAAAGGAACCUAGAGACAGUUUUAUCCCAGUCAGUACAAUCCAUUCCACUUUACCUUAUGCCACGGCCAAACUCUGUAGCAGCCACUAGCUCAGCCCACUUAGAAGAUCUGGCUUAUCUAGAUGAGCAGCGGCAUGCUCCCCUACGAACAUCUCUUCGGAUGCCUCGGCAGAGCAUGGCUGGUGCUCGCACACAACAGGACUUGAGAGUACGCUUUGCACCUUACAGACCUCCUGAUAUCUCUUUGAAACCACUGCUUUUUGAGGUGCCUAGCAUCACCACAGAAUCUGUAUUUGUUGGCCGGGAUUGGGUGUUCCAAGAAAUUGAUGUACAGUUACAGAGUGCUGAUGCCAGUGUGAAUAGAGGAGUGGUCAUUGUUGGAAAUAUUGGCUUUGGCAAGACAGCAAUCAUCUCCAGACUGGUUGCACUGAGCUGUCAUGGCACACGUAUGAGGCAGAUUGCCUCGGACAGCCCCCAUGCUUCCCCAAAACAUGUUGAUGCAAACAGAGAGCUUCCCCUCAACCAACCACCUUCUGCUCACUCCUCCAUCACCAGUGGAAGCUGCCCAGGAACCCCAGAAAUGCGUAGGCGUCAGGAAGAGGCUAUGCGGAGGCUUGCUGCCCAGGUUGUUGCGUAUCACUACUGCCAGGCUGAUAAUGCCUAUACCUGCCUUGUGCCAGAGUUUGUACACAAUGUGGCAGCCUUGCUCUGCCGCUCCCCCCAGUUUGUUGCCUACAGAGAGCAACUGUUGCGGGAACCACAUCUACAGAGCAUGCUUAGCUUGAGAUCCUGUGUUCAGGAUCCCCUAGCAUCUUUUAGGAGAGGAGUUCUAGAGCCUCUGGAAAGCCUUCAUAAAGAGCGGAAGAUACCCAAUGAAGAUUUCAUCAUAUUGAUUGAUGGCUUAAACGAAGCUGAAUUUCACAAACCUGAUUACGGGGAUACAAUAGUGUCAUUCCUCAGCAAAAUGAUAGGGAAAUUUCCAUCCUGGCUGAAGUUGAUUGUAACAGUUAGAACAAGUCUACAGGAAAUAAUUAAGUUAUUGCCCUUCCAUAGGAUAUUCCUGGACAGACUAGAAGAGAAUGAAGCUAUAGAUCAGGAUCUCCAAGCCUACAUCUUACAUCGAAUACAUAGCAGCUCUGAGAUACAGAAUAACAUUUCUCUUAAUGGCAAAAUGGACAACACAACUUUUGGCAAACUCAGUUCUCAUCUCAAAAGCCUGAGUCAAGGAUCCUACCUAUACCUUAAACUCACAUUUGAUCUUAUAGAGAAGGGCUAUUUGGUGUUAAAAAGCUCCAGCUAUAAGGUAGUUCCUGUCUCCCUUUCGGAGGUAUAUCUACUGCAGUGCAAUAUGAAGUUCCCAACACAGUCUUCCUUUGACCGGGUAAUGCCUCUCCUGAAUGUGGCAGUAGCAUCUCUGCAUCCCUUGACUGAUGAGCAUAUAUUUCAGGCCAUCAAUGCAGGGAACAUUGAAGGUACCUUGGAAUGGGAGGACUUUCAGCAAAGGAUGGAGAACCUCUCUAUGUUUCUUAUCAAACGCAGAGAUAUGACCCGGAUGUUUGUCCAUCCAUCUUUUCGAGAAUGGCUAAUCUGGAGAGAAGAAGGAGAAAAAACCAAGUUUCUCUGCGACCCUAGGAGUGGCCAUACCUUGCUCGCCUUCUGGUUUUCUCGUCAAGAAGGAAAACUAAACAGACAGCAAACGAUUGAGCUGGGCCAUCAUAUUCUCAAAGCACACAUCUUUAAGGGACUGAGCAAAAAAGUUGGUGUUUCCUCUUCAAUCCUCCAAGGGCUUUGGAUUUCCUACAGUUCAGAAGGUCUUUCCAUGGCACUGGCCUCUCUACGGAACCUAUACACACCCAACAUAAAGGUCAGUCGGCUGCUGAUUUUAGGUGGUGCCAACAUCAAUUACAGGACUGAAGUGCUGAACAAUGCACCAAUACUGUGUGUCCAGUCUCACCUUGGUUAUACUGAGAUGGUAGCUCUGCUGCUGGAAUUUGGAGCAAACGUUGAUGCCUCUUCUGAAAGUGGCCUGACAUCUCUUGGAUAUGCAGCUGCUGCUGGCUAUCUAAGCAUUGUCGCACUGUUGUGCAAGAAGCGAGCCAAGGUGGAUCACUUGGACAAGAAUGGUCAAUGUGCAUUGGUACAUGCAGCUCUCAGAGGUCAUCUGGAGGUUGUCAAGUUCUUGAUUCAGUGUGACUGGACAAUGGCUGGGCAACAGCAGGGGGUAUUCAAAAAGAGUCAGGCCAUCCAACAGGCUCUUAUUGCUGCUGCCAGCAUGGGAUACACGGAGAUAGUCUCCUACCUGCUUGAUCUCCCAGAAAAAGAUGAGGAAGAAGUAGAGCGGGCACAGAUCAACAGCUUUGACAGUCUUUGGGGAGAGACAGCUCUGACUGCUGCAGCAGGACGAGGCAAGCUGGGUUGUCGCCUGCUUCUCGAGCAAGGAGCAGCUGUAGCCCAGCCCAACAGACGUGGGGUUGUUCCCUUAUUCAGUGCCGUCAGACAAGGCCAUUGGCAGAUUGUUGAUCUCUUGCUCACCCAUGGUGCAGAUGUUAACAUGGCAGAUAACAAGUCGACUCCUUUGAUGAUGGCAGCUUCAGAGGGACAUUUGGGCACCGUAGAAUUCCUACUAUCACAAGGCUCCUCCAUAUCUCUAAUGGAUAAAGAGGUGACUGCCCUCAGUUGCUGCCUAAAGGGCCACCUUUCAGUAGUCGAGCUUGUGGAAAGUGGAGGUACAGAUCAUGCUGACAAAAACGGGCGCACUCCAUUGGCAGCUGCUUUUUAUGGUGAUGCUGAGUGGUAAGUGGUUCAGUUCCUGGUUGAUCAUGGUGCCAUGAUUGAGCAUGUGGACUACAGUGGGAUGCGACCCCUAGACAGGGCGGUGGGUUGCCGCAAUACAUCCGUUGUAGUCACACUCUUGAAGAAAGGAGCCAAGAUAGGCUGUCAGACGUUACCGAGUCGCCCUACAGGUCCAGCAACCUGGCGAUGGCCACUCCAGCCAGACAUCAUGGUCAUCCUGCUGAGCAAGCUGAGGGAGGGAGACAUGUUUUACAAGAAAGGGAAAGUGAAGGAAGCGGCCCAGCGCUACCAGUAUGCUCUGAAGAAGUUCCCCCGAGAAGGAUUUGGAGAGGACCUGAAAACCUUCCGGGAACUAAAGGUCUCACUUCUUCUCAAUCUCUCCCGAUGUCGGAGGAAAAUGAAUGAUUUUGGAAUGGCGGAGGAAUUUGCUACUAAAGCACUGGAGCUGAAACCGAAAUCUUAUGAAGCUUACUAUGCAAGAGCAAGGGCCAAACGCAGCAGCAGACAGUUUUCAGCAGCACUGGAGGAUCUGAACGAGGCCAUCAAGCUUUGUCCAAACAACCGUGAGAUCCAACGGCUGUUGAUGAGGGUAGAGGAAGAAUGCAGACAGACCCAGGUGCAACUGCAGGAAGAGCCUCUUGUAGUAUCUGAACCUGAAACACAGCAUGAAGAGUUGUAUGCAGUUCAAGACAUCUUGGAAGAAGAGUUUCUUGAGCAAGAUGUAGAAAACAUUUCUGUUGGCUUGCAGACAGAGUCACGGCCCAGCCAAACACUGCCCAUCAUCCAGAGCCCUCCCUCUUCCCCUGCCCACCGGGAUUCUGCCUACAUGUCCAGCUCACCACUUGGUUCACAUCAGGUGUUUGACUUCAGGUCAAAUAGUUCUGUGGGAUCACCAACAAGACAAAGUUAUCAGCCCACUUCUCCAGCACUCUCUCCAACACACCAGAAUUCCCAUUAUAGACCUAGCCCACCACACACAUCUCCUGCUCAUCAGGCCUCCUCUUACCGUUUUAGUCCACCUCCAGUUGGUAGCCAAGGGAAGGAAUAUCAGAGCCCACCUCCUUCACCCCUUCGUAGAGGCCCUCAGUACCGAGCCAGCCCUCCUGCAGAGAGCAUGAGUGUCUACAGGGCUCAGUCAGGCUCACCAGUGCGAUAUCCCCAGGAACCCAGCAUCAGUCAGCUUCCCAGUCGGCCAAAAUCUCCACUCUCUAAAAUGACACAGAGGUCUUUCCAGAUGCUUCCACUUCCUGUUGCAGUCCCCCAGCAAGGGCUCAGGCUGCAGCCUGCUAAGGCACAGAUCGUCAGAAGCAACCAGCCAAACUCAGCUGUGCACUGCAGUACUGUGAUUUCAACAGGCACCUAUGGCCAAGUAACCCAUUCAGUGGCCAGCAAAUAUCAGUCUCCGUCAGCAGAAAUGGCUAUUAGCCAAAGUCGGCUGGUUUACCAGAGCUCUAUUGGGGGAAUAGUGGGGGAUGGGAGGCCAGUGCAGCAUGUUCAGGCCAGUCUCAGUGCAGGGGCCAUCUGCCAGCAUGGAGGUCUUGCCAAAGAGGAUCUUCCACAAAGGCCUUCUUCCGCCUACCGUGGUGGGAUGAGAUAUAGCCAAACACCACAAAUUGGGCGUAGCCAGUCAGCUUCCUAUUAUCCAGUCUGUCAUGCAAAGCUUGAUCUGGAACGUUCUUCUCUACCCUCUACCCAGCUUGGUUCCCCUGACAUCUCUCACUUGAUACGAAGGCCCAUGACAGUAAACCCUAAUGAAAUAAAGCCCCAUCCACCCACGCCAAGGCCUCUGCUUCAUUCCCAAAGUGUCGGCCUCAGAUUUUCCCCUUCUAGCAAUAGUAUUUCCUCCGCUCCCAAUAUGAAUCCACCUUUCCGCCCUUCUGCUUCUAUUCAGCAGAUGGAGAUUCCCCUCAAGCCAGCCUAUGAUAGAUCAUGUGAUGAGCUUUCCCCAGUGUCCCCAACACAAGGCGGUUACCCCAGUGAGCCUGCCCGCUCCAGGACCACACCUUUCAUGGGAAUCAUAGAUAAAACUGCCCGGACUCAGCAGUAUCCCCAUCUACACCAACAGAACAGAACCUGGGCUGUGUCUUCAGUGGAUACUGUUAUAAGCCCCACAUCUCCUGGAAAUCUUCCCCAGCAGGAAACAUUUAGCCCACCUUCUUCUAUCAGCAGCAUUGCUUUUUAUAACAAAACCAACAAUGCACAGAAUGGCCAUUUGCUGGAGGAUGACUAUUACAGCCCACAUGGGAUGUUGGCCAAUGGCUCCCGAGGAGACCUCCUAGAGAGAGUUAGCCAGACCUCUUCAUAUCCCGAUGUUAAGGUGGCCAGGACACUGCCUGUUGCACAGGCAUAUCAGGACAACCUCUAUAGGCAACUUUCCAGAGACUCCAGGCAAGGACAGACAUCCCCUAUCAAACCAAAGAGACCAUUUGUGGAGUCUAAUGUGUGAAAUGGACGUGUCUUGGAGUAAGAGCCUUGUGUUUUCAGCACAUAUUUCCCGGCUGAAUUUUCAUAAUUAUGUUGCUGUUUUUUCUUCCUUUUAAAAAUUUCAAUUCACUAGUAGA